AUGCGGGGUUCUGCUGACCCUGUCGGGCUGGAGGGGUUGAGAUGGCUCGGCUGGAAAGGAGGCUAUUCAGGACCGCCCCGGAUCAUCGCAAUCGGCUCCUGGACUUUCUGGUUUCGAGUCAAGUCUGUGUCUUCCGAGGGUGGAGAUGAGUGUUGCAUCUAUGGCGUGUCUGCCAUGCAGGGCUGGCGAAUCAGCAUGGAAGACGCCCACGCUGCCGUACUCGACCUUCAAGCGAAAUACACGGGUGAGAGCGAUGAGAAGCCGACCGAUCCCGCCCAGAGACUAGCUUUCUUCGGUGUAUACGAUGGUCACGGUGGUGACAAAGUUGCUCUCUUCACCGGAGAGAACCUGCAUAAGAUUGUGUCCAAGCAAGAGUCGUUCGCCAAAGGCGAUAUUGAGCAAGCACUGAAGGAUGGAUUUUUGGCUACCGAUCGGGCAAUCUUGGAAGACCCGAAAUACGAAGAAGAAGUGUCUGGCUGUACCGCCUCUACGAGCAUCAUCUCUAAACACAAGAUCUGGGUGGCAAACGCCGGUGAUUCCCGAUCGGUCCUUGGUGUUAAGGGCCGCGCGAAGCCGCUUUCUUUUGACCACAAGCCUCAGAACGAAGGCGAGAAAGCUCGUAUUAGUGCCGCGGGUGGCUUCGUCGACUUUGGCCGCGUUAAUGGAAACCUUGCUCUGUCCCGUGCCAUCGGUGAUUUCGAAUUCAAGAAGAGUCCCGAGCUGUCCCCUGAGCAACAGAUCGUGACCGCAUACCCCGAUGUGACUGUCCAUGAACUGACCGACGAUGAUGAAUUCCUGGUCAUUGCCUGCGACGGCAUCUGGGAUUGCCAGUCCUCCCAGGCAGUGGUGGAGUUUGUGCGGAGAGGAAUUGCGGCCAAGCAGGAUCUCUACCGGAUCUGUGAGAACAUGAUGGACAACUGCCUUGCCUCCAACAGCGAGACCGGCGGCGUCGGAUGUGACAACAUGACCAUGACCAUCAUCGGCCUUCUCAACGGCAAGACCAAGGAGGAAUGGUAUAACCAGGUUGCAGAGCGGGUUGCGAACGGAGACGGGCCCUGUGCUCCGCCCGAUGUGUGCGUAGCCGAAUUCCGCGGCCCUGGCAUCCGGAACCAAUUCGAGGAUCAUCCCGAUGACUAUGACUUGGAGAUGGAGCGGUCGCGUGCGUUCAGUGUCCGGUCAGGCCGGAUCAUCCUGCUGGGCGAUGGCACCGAGGUGAUUCCCGACCAAAACGAUGAGGAGCUAUUCCACCAGACGGAAGACCAGGAUCUUGUCAACCAAGUGCAUCCCACCGAUGUCCGGAAUGAACGUGAAGGCACCCCUGGUCCACAAGGCAAGCAGGAGGAGACGGGCAGCGCGACUCAAAUAUCCGAAUCCCCGGCCUCUACGGAUGAUAAAGAGAAGUCGACUUCCUCGUAG